CACAAAGAAGUAUCACCUGAAACAGCCCACUGAGCUACUAAGAUUUGAGGCUAAAACCACAUCUGUGUGGACCGUACACAUGGAAACUAUCAGAACGCUGAGUGCUGACAAGCACUGUGGAAGAGGCUUUAGUGCAGGCCUCGCAGCAGAGAAACAGCUCAUUUUGUCCCAAACGUCAAAGGAAAUGACGGAGCCCCAAGCACAUGACUGUGUUCCAGAUAGAGACAGAUAAUGUCCUUUUACUAAAUCACCGUGACCAGCAGUGACCGCAGGGGUUCUCCUUCAUCACUUCCCUCUCCGAUCACUUAGCACACCAACCCCGAAACGCUGACCCCGGUGGAGUUAUUCCAGUCUGCACCUCUUCUUCCUUUGGUCAGUCCUGAGAGAAUGCGUGCGCUGACCGGCCUUAACCCCGUGACCAUUGCCCAUCAUUCCACUCCACGGUAAACACCAGCAAGUCUCUUCACAGCGCUCCACCGCCCCUCGGGGCCUGGGGUUUGGAGUAGUCACCCAAUUACAUCCACCUAAAUGUGAACAUACCAAAGAAUUCCUGUAUUCCUGCAGUAUUUCUACCAGGGUAUCUCUGUUAUGGUACUUUGUAGCUGGUUCAUUGUGAUCUGACCUUGGUCUUUGACCUUUUGUAUGUGUUUGACGUGAGUACGGUGGGAUCACUGUUGGCUGGAGAAUCCAUCCCACAUUAAGAUAAACAGUAAUUCCUGAAGUGGCGUUGGGACGAUGGGAGCAGAAAUCCACAGCAGAUGACUCGGCCAUCAGUCAAAGGGGGUCAUGCUCACUGACACAUGUGGCAGCUUGCAACACUGAAGCUGUGUAAAGAUAACCACAGAUGAACGUUAAGCGAUGGAGGUCCUCUGAUGGUGGCUUUCAAAAUAAAAGCAUAAAAUCACCACACGCAUUCUCAUCAUCAUUUUUCACCGUGAAAAAAACGUAGCAUCUCGGAUUAAGACUUGAUUAAGACUUGGUAUAUAAUGUAUGUGUGAUUUCAUUGCUUGAAAAAGUUUCUCUUUAUAAUGGCCUACAGGUGCAGAGAUGGGCUUUCAUAUUAUAUUCCUAUUUAGUUGAAUGAUCUUUGAUUUUCACCUCUUUACUUCUACAUUUAAAAAUACAAAUAAAGUUAUAAUGAAGUUAUAAUGAACAUAAAAUUAAAAGAUACAGAAAUAAUAGACAUAUUGAGGCCCCAGGUGGGUUUUUCUUUUACCUUGAAAGGUCCAACCGGAAGUAUUUUCCAGCACGGCCCGCGGGUAGUGUUUAGGGAGUAAGGGGUUAACAAAUGAACCAACGGUCUGGAUGGACGCCCCUCCUCCCCCCUUUAAACAAACAGACCGGCGGCCUCUGUUGUGGAGCCUCCUCCAGCGCUCCCGAACCGGCGCGCCGUCACGUGACAGUAACCGGGCCGCACGUGAACGGGGACACGGCGACGUCCUGCAGCGAGGCGCCGCUCAUUUCCCUCCGGGCUGCACGAGCGGACAUGUGCCGACAGACCCGGCACGGGAACGGUCCUAGAGCCGCCGGGCCGGUGCCCUCACCGGGGAUAAAGUAGACGUUGCCGCCGCCUGCCGGAACCCCCCCAAAAAGAAAGAACCUGCUUCUUCUUCUUCUUUUCUUCUUCUUCUUCGCAUGAACCCAGCUGGCGGGACUUGGCUCAGCUUCCCGGUCGUUCCCGCUGAGUGAGGAUGAGGAAAGCCGAAGUGUUCUUGUGCCUGGGCUGCUUCCUCAUGGUCCUCCUCCUCUUCUUCAACAGCAGCCUGACGCCAGCCCUGGAGCCACCCGGUGAAAGCAGCAAUGGGCAGAAGUCCCGCAGGAGUCCGCUGCAGGCGCUUCAUGAUGGAGAUCAGGUGGAGUCAGCAGUACAGGCGGUCCACCAGGGCCGACGGGAGGUGUUAGAAGAAGCGUGCCGCUCCUACACCCGCAAACGCAGAGUGCUCAUCCCCGAGGACCUGAAGCACGUCAUCGUGGACGACCAGCACGGCUUGCUGUACUGCUACGUGCCCAAAGUGGCCUGCACCAACUGGAAGCGGGUGCUCAUGGUCCUGACGGGGGUCGCCGGGCCCAUCCGAGACCCGCUGGCGAUACCCGCCAACAAGGCCCACAUUCCGGGCAACCUGCGCGCCCUGUCGGAGUACUCCGCCUCGCAAAUCAACCAGCGCCUGCGCUCCUACCUCAAGUUUGUCUUUGUGCGCGAGCCCUUCGAGCGGCUGGUGUCGGCGUACCGCAACAAAUUCACAAGGAGCUACAACACCGCCUUCCAUAAACGAUACGGCACGAAGAUCGUGCAGCAGCACCGGCCGGACCCGCAGCCGGAAGCCCUGCAGAGAGGGAACGACGUCUCCUUCGCAGAGUUUGUGUAUUACCUCGUGGACCCGGCGACCCAGCGAGAGGAGCCCUUCAACGAGCACUGGGAGCGAGUGCACUCACUUUGCCACCCCUGCCUCAUCCACUACGACGUGGUUGGUAAGUACGAGACGCUGGAGCAGGACUCCCGCUACGUGCUGCAGCUGGCCGGGGUGGAGGACCAGGUCAGCUUCCCCGCCUCAUCCAAGAGCACCAGGACUACGGGAGACAUGGCGGCCCAGUUCUUCCAAAACAUCAGCCCCUUCUACCAGAAAAAGCUGUAUAACCUCUAUCGCAUGGACUUCCUGCUCUUCAACUACUCAAUUCCAGCCUACCUCAAGUUCAGAUGAGGCUGGGACAUUGCUCAUCCAAGGACUGGACUUGUGGAGUAAAGUUUCUGAGCUGUUUCUAUCCGUUUGCGCCUUAUUACGGACGGUGUAAAUACGGUUGAACUUGUCCUGAUUGGAGUUUAAAAGUAAAUAGCUUUUUGAUAGACUGAAAAGCUUCUGCAGAAGAUACAAACAGGAGACGACGUUUAAUCACAAGAUCAUACUUGGCCUACGUAGCCUAAAGAAGGCAAAUAGUAUUUGACUGUAAAUGGUGACCCAGUGGACGUCUGUCACUGCCUUUGAAAGUGUGAAAUACCGGUCAAUUUUUAGUAUCAUUUAAUUUCGCCAUUUGUUGUUUUUUAAGUGGAAUUCACAUAAUUAAUGUAAUCUGCAAUGAAAGUAUUGAAAUGGUAUUGGGACCGAUAAAGUCUCCAAACCUAGGUGCCUCUGAUCUGAGCCUUAUUGUUGACCUCAGCAGACAAGGACAACUUUUCUAAACUCUUGACUAUGUUUAUUUCUUUGUGCUGUAGGAGGAGAUUUCUGUGUAACAAUUAUUUCUUUAUUUAUUGUGUUAUUGCUGACUCCCCAAGUCAUACAAACCGAAAUAGACCUUUGGUUUCCUUCACAAUUAUCAAAUAAAUGCAUUUCAGAAAGGUUGUUUAUUGGUUUCAAUAUCAGCUUUUCUGAUAACUGUACAAAUAUCCUUCAGAAUACAGCAAU